CGUGCAAGAAUAUGGAUAAUAACCAUCAAGCGGGUCAUGAGCUUAUAUCCAUGACGUACACAUGGACUAUCGACAACUUCUCUAAGCUCAAAACCCAGAAACACUACUCUGAUGGCUUCGUCGUCGGCGAUUUCAAAUGGUCCAAGUUGAUGAAAUUAAUUAAUUAAGGCGCAUAUCAUACAUACAGCAGGUUCGUGAUCUCAAGUAUUGAUUAUGGCUCAAGAAUACCCUGUGUCUUGUUUCUCUCAGUGCUUGCAGUUUUGUGUUAUUUUUCCCAGAUUUUGUUGAUUUAUUCAAUUACCAAAAAUUGUUAACCAGUUAUAGAGAGAUUUUAAUAGGAAGCUUGAAUUGCAUAUAAGAUGUAAUAUAUAAAGUCUCAAGAUCAUACGGUAAUUAGUAAAUGGUUAUUUUGAAUCGAUCAUGAGAAUCUUGGAGUGCCGAGUUCACGGAAUAUAGACUUUCUGCAAUCAUGUAUGUGAAUUAUUUUUAACUUUUUUUAUUAUCAAUACAUGAAUAGAGUUUAAUGAAUAAUUGCUUGUUGUGAUUUACAUGAAUGCAGAGGGUCUUAUUUUGUUCUUGUUCAUGUCUAAAAUCAUAAUUUUUAACCUGAGAGAUUCCUCGAGGGAAUCUGAACCUUUUGAAUUCAUGGACAUCCCCGUGCCAAGAGUUUGCUGAGGCAAGGCGGAUUGUGGUGUACCCAAAGGGGAGCAAUGGAAAGCAAUACUUGUCCAUGUACUUGAAUGUUGCGGAUGCUUCAAAGUUACCAUCUGGGUGGAGUAGAUAUGCCGAAUUCACCUUGACUGUCGUUAAUCAAUUUAACGGCGACAAGUCGAUAACAAUAGACACUCAGCAUCAGUUUAGUGCAAAAAAAAGUGACUGGGGCUUCACAUCAUUCAUGCCUCUGAGUGAGCUUUUUGACCAGAAUGAAGGGUAUAUCGUGGAUGACAUAUGUAUUGUUGAAGCUGAGGUUGCAGUCAGUAAAGCUGACAUUAAGGUCCUAAAAGACCAAGAAACUGCCUUUCUUGAGCAGGAACUUCAAAGUCAGUCUUCAGAUGUGGAUUCUGUGAAAUAUUCAGAAUCUUCAACAGCACAUACAUCACUUUGUUAUGAACAGAUGCUUGCUGAUGCACCAAAUUCUGACCCUGUUCGAACAAAUGUUGAUUCUGUGCAUGUUCCACCCUUGAAAAUAGAACCGAGAUCUGAUCAAGUGCUUCCUUACCAGGAGGCUGAUAGCCCAGUUGGCCCUCCCAUAGUCGAGGAAGGCGAUGAAUCUCCCUCCACCCCAGUUAGCGAGAUCAUCAAUUUCAGGGGAUUAGGGAAAAUAGAUGAAGCUUUUGUUCCACUGCUGGAAGAAGUCUGUUUGUGGCAUCCUUCGUUGAUUAGCUGCCAGAGGAAGAGAAGUCGCAUGUUUAGUGAAUGGGCAUUCACAGCUUUGGGUCGACUAUUGCAUUUUCUGAACACUACAAAGGUUCAGGAUAUGAUGGAGGAUUCAUGUGAACAUGAUCCAUGUGAGCAUCUUCAAGUUUUGUGGGAGGAGGUUGAGACCUUCAGAUUUGACUUGAGUUGGCUGGAGCCUUUUGUUCAAUCAGCUUUGGGAAUGAAGAAGUUUGGGGAGAAGGAAGGAGUAUUAAAAAAACUCACAGGGGAUGUUGUUGCUUUGGAGACUGAAAUGAAGAGGUUAAGGCGGAGGCUAGCUGUUGCCGAGCUAGAUCACGCGGUUGCAAAAAUUGACCUGGCAAAGGCAGAGGUAAGCUUUGGUGAGGCAAAUAUGAACAGCAAGCUUGGUUAUGGGAGGCAUUAGCCUCGCUGCAGAAUUCUUUCUUUGAUAUGCAGAGAUUUGCAAUGUGCAAUAUAUCUAAAGAUAUGUAAUCCAGUUUUCCAAAUGUAAAUCUAUAUAAUGGGGCUGCGUGUGGCUUAAGCUCAAUACAUGAGAAUAAAGGAUACGGGUUUUUAGCUUGUAAUCCAUAUUUGAAACCCGUGGACAUAUCACCUUUUCUAUUCAAGACCAAGCUUCUCCUUCAAA